AUGAAGCUCCUUGUUACCACCAGUCUCCCCUCCUUUCCUUCUGAGCCCAACUUGUCUGCAUACAUACACGCUUGUGAUGCUACAUCCGACCUUUCCAUUCCACUGGCCAGUCCAGAGACUGUGGAUGUUUGGAUAUGCGAUGGUCCAGAAGCUACCAGUGAUCUGUUGAAUCUCUGGCUGAACCAAGCUUCCCACAUUCCCAAGUCCAUGCUGGUCAGAGACACAGGAAGCAUUGGCCGUCUUCAAGAAUAUGCCAAUGGCCGCGUGGCUGAGAUAAAAGAAUUCCCAGAGCAAAAGGGUACUGCAACAGAAUGGGAGGAGUCAAUACUUCGAGAGGCAGAACUGCUCUACGCGAGUGCUCGCGCCAAUGCUGGGGUCCACAGGCCGAAUAGCAUAAAGGAACACGACAGCAAGAAGUCUAUCCUGCUCGUUGGAGCCGGCAUUGUGAACUUGAUUACUUCACUGUUUCUGGUUUCACGUGGAUAUCGAGUACGCAUCGUAGAUGCCGGUCCGAAUCCUCGCCUUUGCAAGGACUGGACACGACUCGGCGUUACCAAUGGUGGUGGCAACGCCCGCAUGUUUACUCAAACCGAGGCCGACAACUACAACGAGAAGGGUAGCAAGCUCUAUCAGAACAUGCAGUCCAUCUUCCGCAAGACUGCCCGCAAUGGCGGAUGGAGCGUAAAGCCACCCAAAGACUUUACUGCUGCGGAACUUAGUUGGGUGAACACCUUUGAGCAGGUUCCAGCUUGGAUGGCAUUAGCCUUCAGAGAGAACAUACAUCACAUCAACCAAGAAGCCGGCAAGCUGUGGAACGAACUCAUUGAGACAACUCCACAGCUUUUUCAAGAUGUCGAAUUUCGCAAGGACAUCCUCCGCCUGUACGUGGAGCCGAUUGCUCUGGAAGCAGCAAUCAACUUACACAACAAACUGGGUGCCAUGGUCCAUGCCACCACUCCAGAGGAGUUUCUUCUUGCAAACCCCGGCUUCCGCUCCGCAGCCGAGUCGGACCACCUCGCUGGAGGCAUCACUGUGGACGGAUUUACAGUCAAUAUCCACCCCUUUAUGGCAAAAUUGAUCGACCACAUCACGGCGCUGGGCGGGGAGUUCGUCUGGGAUUGUGAGGUGCAGAGCAUCGAGCGAAAUGCUGUGGGCGAAGUGACCACGGUAGAGUCAGAGCUUGGCCCUCUGGAGGCGGACCACGUUGUGGUAAAUGCCGGAGUGACCGGCAAUGCCUUGCUCGCUGGAAGUGCGUCCGAGAACCUCAUCCAAGGUGUGCUCGGCAUCUGGUUGCAGAUUCCCAACCUGCACCCGCAGUUGCAACAUUCCAUGAAGAUCCACCGCCGGCAUCACCUUGUAGAGGACAUCAAUGUCACCGUUGCCAAAGACGUGCAGACAGGGGAAGACAUCCUGAUGUUUGGAGGUGGGUACGGCUUCGUUGGGCUAGAUCGUCCCGCCCAUGACUCCCCAGAGCUCAGAGCCUUGUUCGACGAGCUCGAGAAAGUGGCAAGCAUUUACUUCCCACAGGGAUAUGCGGCAGCCAAGGAGCGUGGCAGUUUGUACCCAGGCGGAAACCGCAAGUUUUGCGUCCGGCCAUUCACAGCUACUGGGCUGGGGGUUUUCGAAAGAAUCCCUACUGCAAGGGGCGGUCAGCUCAUCAUCACCGGUGGCAACAACACCGGCGGUUUUGCGCAGGCACCCGCUAUCGCUCGGGCUGUGUGGCGAUCAUUGGUCGGCGAGCAUGACCCCAUGCAUGUGCUCUUCCACCCCGAUCGCGGCAGGCUUCCCGUUGCUAAGAGGUACAAGUCUCGAUUCCCUGAGCCGCUGUCCCUGCGCGGACUGGAAGCUCGGCAGCCGAUGAGGGUGCUCGUACUCUGCUCAGACGGCCCUCAGCACAGCUACCUCCGAUACCGUCUCGACCAGGCUUUUCCAGGAUACCGUUGCAUCUUGGAGACAAACCAAGGCCAGAUCCGCCAGUUGGUGGAAAAACGUCGCUUCGUCGACGCAUGCUACAUGAAGUAUCACGGCCUGCGACGCCAUUAUUCUGGACAUGACCAGCAGCGCAAGGCUUACUUCGACCGCUUGGUCCCCCGGGAUCACGUCUUCACGUCCCCAGACCUCACGGUGGACAGCGUCAACUGCCGCGAGGUGUGGGAUGCGGUGGAACAGUGGAAGCCUGAGCUGACGAUCGUUUCGGGCACUAAAUUCAUCGGUCGGAAACUGAACGAGCGCGGCGGCUUGAUGAUCAACCUUCACAUCGGACAUCUGCCGGAGUACAAGGGGAACCACUGCAUCUUCUUUGCGCUUUACGAUGGGGCAUUGGACAAGGUGUCGGCGACUUUACACCAGCUAACACCGCAUCUGGACGGGGGCGAUGUGCUGGAUACUGUUUCUCCCCCAAUCCUGCCAGGGGACAGUGAGGAGACGCUGUAUGCACGAAGUGUUCACAUGGCAAUCGACCGGUGCAUAAAACAUGUGGAGCAGUUUUCGCUGGGUAAGAGACUGGAGCUUACGCCCCAGACCGCCGCGGGGAGAACGUUUCGGCAUAGGGACCGUACGCCUGUCAAGGAGCUGCUGUUGUGGUGGAAAAUGAAUGUGGGAGGGUUGCUUUGGGAUCAGAAUACUACCAAUAAGGCAAAGGUGGAGUAA